AUGGCAAAUAUUGGAGUUGAUUUGGUAAAAUCAAUUUUAGAUAGAUUGAUGGAUUGCGUAAUAGCAGAAUCACGUGACGUAUGCUGCUUUUCGGACAUUGUUGAAGACAUUGAAAAGGAAAAGAAAGCUUUGGAAGAAAGUGUGAAAGAGGAACAAAGUAAGGGAAACAAUAUUCGAACAGAUGUCACUUCUUGCCUAAAAGAGACUGACGAACUCAUUAAAGACACUCAGAUGAAAAAGACGUGUUUUUUUGGAUGGUGUCCAGAUUGCAAAUGGAGAUAUAAUAAGGCACAGCAACUGGCAAAUAAGAUGAAGGAAACUGAAAGAUUCUUGAAAAGUGGCAAUGUUGGAAUUUCUCCUAAACUUCCAGGUGUUGAGUAUCAUUCUUCUCAAGAUUACGUUUCUUUUGAGAGCAGAAAGUCGAAAAUCGAAGAACUUUUGGAUGCACUGAAAAAUGACAGCAACUUUAUAAUUGGAUUGCAAGGGAUGGGGGGAACAGGUAAAACUACACUGGCAAAAGAAGUGGGUAAGGAACUUAAGCAGUUACAACAAUUUGAUCAUGUCAUUGAUACUACAGUGUCAUAUACUCCUGAUAUAAGAAAGAUUCAAGAUGACAUUGCUGCACCUAUAGGAUUGGACUUCAAAGAUAAAAAUGAAUCAGAGAGACUCAAGCUUCUUUGGAGUAGAUUAACUGGUGCAGAGAAAAUUCUUUUGAUAUUGGAUGAUGUGUGGAAUCCUAUUAGUUUUGAUGAAAUUGGGAUUCCAAGGAAAGACAAUCACAAGGGUUGUAGAAUCGUUUUAACCACACGUGAAAUGAAGGUUUGCCAAUCAAUGGGAUGCGAAAAGAUAAUUCAAUUGGGGGUGUUAUCUGAGGAAGAUGCAUGGACCUUGUUCAAAAUGCAUGCUAAUAUAAGUGAUAGUUCCUCUAAACGUUUGUUAGAUAAGGGACGUGAUAUUACCAAAGAAUGCAAAGGGUUACCCGUUGCAAUAGCAGCCAUUGCUAGCAGUUUAAAAGGUGAACAACGUUUGGAAGAAUGGAAAUCAACUUUAAAAUCCUUGCAGAAGUCCGUGCCUAUGCAUGGUGUUGAUAAAAGUUUGAUUGAAGUUUAUAAAUGUUUGAGGUAUAGUUAUGAUAAUUUGAAGGAUGAAGAAGCCAAGAAACUAUUCCUCUUAUGUUCUAUGUUUCCAGAAGAUGAAGAACUUUCUAAUGAAACUUUAACCAGAUUUGGCAUUGGAGCAGGCUUUCUUGGGGAAAUGGAUUGCAAAUAUGAUGAAGCUCGAAACCAAGUAGUUGUUGCCAUGAAUAAACUUGUAGAUUCUUGUUUGUUGUUGAAGGGUGGGAAACAAAGUGUUAAAAUGCAUGACUUGGUUCGUGAUGUGGCCUUAUGGAUAGCUAACGAGGAAAUUCAAGCAGUAAAUGUGUCUAACAAAAAUCAGAAGUUCUUGCUUGAGAGGAGGAGGAAUAUUAAAUAUUUGUUAUGCGAAGGGAAGAGUAUGGAUGUAUUUUCGUGUAAGUUUGAUAGCUCUAAACCUGAGAUUCUGAAUGUCUACAUGCAUGAAGAUGAAGAUGAAGAUGAAAAUGCUUCUGUAGAAGCCCCAAAUUCAUUCUUUGAAAGUAUGACAGAACUUCGAGUUUUGCAUUUGUCAUUUAAGACAUGGAGAUAUGUUUCUCUAUCAUUACCACAGUCAUUCCAAUCAUUGACGAAUAUUCGAUCUCUAAUCCUUGUGAGAUUACUCUUACGGGACUUCUCUGUUCUGAAAAACUUACAAAAUCUUGAGACUCUUGAUUUGGUUUCGUGUCAUAUGGAUGAAUUACCACGUGAAAUUGCAAAACUGGAGAAACUUAGAUUGUUGAGGUUAAGACGUGGUAUUGUUAAAAAUUUGAAUUCAAUUAAAGUGAUUGAAAGGUGCUCAUCACUUGAAGAAUUGUACAUUGUUGGUAUGAAUCUCAUGUUUCAUACUUCGACAAUGCAUGAGAAAAUAACCUUUCCUGCACUCCAAAGGUACAUUAUGAGUGACAAUCGUACAAUGGGGGAUGAAUCCUUAUCAAAAUGUGUGGCCUUUCCGGAGAUUGAUGCUAUUUUCUCAGAAGUGACAUUCAAGCAUUUGGUGCAAACAUCCGAACUUCUUCAUUUACUAGAAGUCAAGGGAGAAUGGAGAAAUCUCAUACCUGAUAUUGUUCCCAUAGAUAGAGGUAUGAAUGACCUAAUCGAGCUUUAUUUAUCAGAGAGUCCACAAUUGCGGUGUCUAGUUGACACUACACAUAUUGAUUCUCAUAGACACAGUUUCUUCUCCAAGUUGAUUGAGCUAAAACUCCAUCGCAUGGAAAAUUUCGAAGAACUAUGCAAUGGUCCCUUUCCCUUUGACUUUCUAAACAAUUUACAGAGGCUAGAUAUCUGGGACUGUAUAAAUAUGAGAAGCAUAGUGUUUAAGAGCAAGCUAAACCUCUGCUAUCUUAAGACCAUUGAAUUGUACAAAUGCCCAAAAUUGGUCUCCCUAUUUCAAUUGUCAACUUGUCAAAGCCUCUUGCUUUUGGAGAAACUGUCCAUACAUGAUUGUGAGAAACUAAAAAACAUAAUAGCAGAUGGUGAGAAUGAUAACAAGAGUUGUGCCUCAAUGUUUCCUAAUCUGAAAACUCUUGAUAUUAGCGAGUGUCCCCAAUUGGAAUAUAUACUUCCAACUCUUUCUACUCAAGUUGUUCCAUUGCUAGAAACUAUCAUAACACGUGAUUGUGGUGCGCUGAAAUACAUAUUUCAUCAAUACCAACAUGAACAUGCAAGUCAUCAAGAGGCAAAGGAUAUCAUACUUGGCUCACUGAAAGAGGUGGAGUUCUCUGGCUUGCCAAAUUUAAUUGAUAUUUUUCCAAAAUGUUGUUGUUCGAUUUGUUUGUCAGGGUCAUCCUGUAAAAACGAUUCCAUGGAAAAAAUAGAAUCAAAUCCCAACAAAUGCAAUAUUUCUCCUUGGAUCCAUAUGUGUUAUCCUCAUAAAUGCAGACGCAAAGUCAAGAGUAGCAAAAGUACUACAAUUCCAUUGGUUUCGAAUGAACCACUGCAAGAUAGUUCAACCUCAUCGGUGUCAAACUUUGAUUAUCUUCAUCUUUGGCAAAGUGCUCAAUGUCUUUCGAAGCAACCACAGAUCCUGCGCAAUGUUAAAGAAAUUAAACUACGAAAAUUUUCAAAGAUCAAAUCUGUAUUUAUCUUGUCUAUUGCUCCAUUGAUGUUGGAAACUUUGAUAAUUGAGGACUGCGAUGAAUUACAGCACAUAAUAAUAGACAUUGGUGACAGUAAUUUGAGUUAUAUGUUUCCAAAAUUGAAAGUGAUCAAUGUGAAAAGUUGUAGGCAAUUGGAAUAUAUAUUCGGAAGUUGCGAUGAUCAUCGGAAUCAUAAUCAGAUAAAUGUUGAUCUUCCUCUCUUGGAAAGUAUCUGGUUACAUGAUCUGCCAUGUUUAAUCGGAAUUUGCUCGAAAAACUAUAGCACUACAUUGUCACCUUUGAGUAACACAUCUAUUAAGGAGUUGAGUGAGACCAAGCAUCUGCUCUCUUUGAGAGAUCUCUGGGUAGAUGGCUCCAAAAUUGAAAAUAUUUGUUGCUUCAAUGAAAUAAUUGGGCACGAAAUCAUUCUAGGGUGGGAAAACAUUAGGUUGGAAGAUCUGCCUCAUAUGACCUAUCUUUUUGUAGGUCCUAAGAAUUCUUUUACCCUCCAAAACCUUACGAAGUUAAUCAUUGUGCAAUGUGAGAAAUUAGAAGUAAUCUUCACUGCUUCUAUUUCAAGAUGCUUACCACAGUUGCGGAUUCUAAUUAUAAGAGAAUGUAAAGAAUUAAAGCAGAUCAUUGAAGAGAAUGCAGAAAAUCAGGAAAUGUCUUUACCAAAGCUAGAAGUGAUAGUGGUCGAAAAAUGCAACAAAUUAACAUAUCUCUUUCCUGUCUCCACUUCUAAAGAGAUUCUUCAGCUAAGACUUCUGAUAAUAAAAGAAGCCUCUGAGUUAAAGGAAGUAUUCAGAUGCGAAGCUGAUCAAAAAGUUGAGUUUCCACAGCUAAGACUUUUGGUAUUUGUAAAACUACCAAUCUUCAGCCUCAGCCAGGGGAUUGAAUUGGAGAAUACAAUUCUUUGGGUGCAGAGUUGUCCAAAUCUCUCUUUGACUUCAACGAUAGAGUCCGAUCAGUUGAAGCGUACAGUUUUACACUAUGCCUACAUAGGUUGUUAUUCUUGGGAAAUAAUAAAAGACAUUACUCAAGAUCUUAAAGACUCAAUAAUCCAAGAUCCUAGCAAUGAAAGUCAAACUACAAAAAUCACUGAAGACAUCGAAGGUGAGCUGGAAGUCCAAGCAACAUCCCAAAGUGAGUUGGCUUCUUCAGAAGUCAAUACGAAUCAAUCCAUUGCAGAGAUAAAGCAUGAAAUUGUUGAAGAAGAUUCGAGUUUAAAGAUACCAUCGGCAACAACAUCACCAAUUAAAUGGCAUGAAGCAUAUUCAGAUGUGUUGUUGGAUGAACAAUCAACAGGAGAACCAUGCUUGAUGAACCAAAACCAGGCCAUUGGACUAACUGAUACCACCUUUAAAAUUUCUCAAGGAAAUAAUUGUCUUAAAGAAAUAGAGGACCAAAGUAAUCAAGAGGAUUUUGUAUCAAAGCAAACUAUUACAACAACUUUAUUCAUGGAUUCAGAAAAAGGGAACACAUCACCCAGACAAUUGCUUCCUCCUAUACAAGAGGAUGUUGAGAGAAAUUUUGAAGUAGGAACAACAUCAGCCAAUGUCGUGAUAGUAGCAUCGCCUAACUAUGGGAGAACAUUCUUCAAUGAAACACCAAUGGAAGAACAUUCCUCAAUGAAAGAACAACAGCCCCUUGGAGAAACUGAUAUUGUUUUUGAAGUUCCUCAAGGAAAUAAUGGCAUGCCACUACCUAACUAUGUACACGAUGCUAAAAAAACUUGACAGGAAAUGAAAAGUACCUUAAAUAUUUUUCUUAGAAAUAUAUUGUAACUUAUUUACAUUUUUUUUUUGGUAUACAGUCUUUGAAAGACAGAGAGAACCAAAGUACUCAAGAAGGUUCUAUGUCAGGGAAAAAUACAACAGCAACGCUACUGAUGAAGUCAGAAAUAAGGAACACAUCACUACGACCAUUACUAUCUCCUUUACAAAAAGUAUUUUCCUGUUUAUAUUCAAUAUAAGAGUAAAAGAAUGCUCUGAAUUUAAACAAUUUUAUGAUUAUGUGAAGGGUAUUAAGAGAAAUGUUGAAGAAGGAAAUACAUCAGCGAAUUUCAAGUCAAUAACAUCAUCGACUCGUUCAGAACUAGGUCCAUCAGUUGCUUCUAAGGGUGAAACAUAUCCACGUGAACAUGGAGAUGGCCAAAUGGCCAUACCAUCUGUUUUAGUUGUGCCUCCCUCUGCUCAAGAAACUUCAGAGAUAGCGCAUGCCCUCACUAACUCUCAUGAUCCAGUUUCUUUGAACGGUGAUGCUUCCAUGAAAGUAAGCUCAAUGGUUGAGGAACUGUUUCUUAACAAUGAUGGCAUAAGAGUUCCAGAUUCUAAUCCCUUCCCUGGCAUCCCUUCCAAUGUUGUAUGCAAGUCUCUUUCAGUGCCAUUUGAAGGGAGCCCUUCUCAAACCAUGGAUGAUGUGAGUUUUGCUUCUCUCAAAAGUGAACUUGAGCAACUGGUCUCCAACAAGUAUUUGGCUUCUGAGAACAUGACUCAGUUGACUGAAUUUUUGGCAAAGCAUACUUCUCUUCGUUUAAAAGACAAUGCAUUUAGUAACAAAUACAAGGGUUAUGCCUACACUUGCCUGGCUGAGCUACUGAAAUUCCUCCAAACACACAGUGUUUUGGAAGUGUUAGGGUCAAAGCACUCUAACUUUAUGGAGUUAAUGCAAGACAUGAGAAGUUUUAGUUUUGAUAAGAAUUGGUUAGAUGGUGUUGAAAGACGUGCCUUGUUUCCUAGUUUACAAGCAUCUGAAGAUGCAUUGCAGAAAUUAUUGGACUCAAAACGCAUUUUGACUCAGCAUGUGAAGGAUCUUAAGCAUCAAGUGGCAUCUUCUGAAGCUAUUUUGGAGAGUAUAAUUCAACAAGAGUCACAAGUAUUAGAAGCUAGGGCUUCUUUGAGUGCCCCUCUUGGCUAUUAGACUCUGUUUUUUCUUGUAUUUCUCCAUUACUACAUUUUGCUUUGUAACUUUAAAUAUUUGUUAGGUAGUUCAUUCCUCGUAUAGUCGUAUGAAAUGCACUAAACCGUGUAUUUUAUAUGUAUUUUAAAAAUAUCAGAGCUUCAUGUAUUGCAUAUGAUGAAGUUUUGCUUUCUUCUAAAUAACAUUAACUAUUUUUCUAU